UUAAUUUAAUAAUGUUUUAAAAGGGGUUUUUUUUUUUAAUCAAAUUAUUUACAAUAAAAGUUGGAAAAUAAUUACUUAUUAGCCGUACGCAAAUUUCACUAUUUGAAUAAUGUUUUUGAAUCAAAUUCGUUUUAACUACGGUUGAUUUAUAAUGAAAGAUAAAAUGCCACCAUUCAAACGCAAGAAAUCAACAGGAAAAUCUUUUCCUGUCAAAGUGUGUACACUUGAUGCUGAAUUGGAAUUCAACCUAGAGUUAAGAGCUACUGGCAGGGAUUUGUUUGAUUUGGUGUGCCGAACUAUUGGUUUGCGAGAAACCUGGUAUUUUGGCCUUCAGUAUGAAGAUUCCAAAGGAUUUAUUGCUUGGCUUAAACUUGAUAAGAAAGUUCAAGAUCAAGGAAUUCCACAACAAUCAACCAUGCCUUUUAUGUUCCUUGCUAAAUUUUACCCUGAAGAAGUAGCUGAAGAACUUGUUCAAGAAGUUACUCAACACUUGUUUUUUUUACAAGUGAAUCGUGCCAUAUUGUCCAUGGAUAUAUAUUGUCCACCAGAAGCAUCUGUUUUGCUGGCUUCUUACGCUGUUCAAGCAAAGUAUGGCGAUUAUGAUGAAGGAACGUAUAAACCAGGAAUGCUGGCCAGUGAAGAACUACUGCCUCAAAGAGUAAUUGAUCAAUACCAAAUGACAGCCGAAAUGUGGGAAGAACGAAUUAAAGUGUGGUAUGCCGACCACCGAGGAAUGUCUAGGGACGAGGCAGAGAUAGAAUACUUAAAAAUCGCCCAAGACUUGGACAUGUAUGGUGUUAACUAUUUUCCCAUUAGCAAUAAAAAAGAUACGGACUUAUGGUUAGGAGUUACAGCCUUAGGUCUGAAUAUAUAUGAAAAAGAAAAUAAAUUAAGUCCAAAAACAACAUUCCAAUGGUCUGAGAUUAGACAUGUCAGUUUUGACGAUAAGAAAUUUACCAUCAAACCUGUUGAUAAGACGUCGCCAAACUUUGUAUUCUUUUCACAUAAAGUUCGAAUGAAUAAAUUAAUUUUAGAUCUGUGCAUAGGUAAUCACGAUCUUUUCAUGAGGAGACGUAAACCAGAUUCCAUGGAAGUACAACAAAUGAAAACGCAAGCAAAAGAAGAAAAAUCAAGACGUCAGAUCGAACGUAACAAACUUGCUCGUGAAAAGCAACUAAGAGAAUUAGCUGAAAAGGAGAAAGCUAUUAUGGAACAAAGAUUGUUACAAUAUCAAGAAGAAAUCAGAUUGGCAAAUGAAGCAUUAAGACGAUCUGAGGAAACUGCUGAUUUGCUAGCUGAGAAGUCUCGUGUUGCCGAAGAAGAAGCUAUGUUACUCGGACAAAAGGCAUCUGAAGCUGAACAUAAAAUAACACAAUUUCGUUUAACGGCUCUAAAAACAGAGGAGGAAAAAGUAAGCCUUGAACGUAAAACUCGUGAAGCAGAACAAUUAACUGCCCGUCUUGUAGACGAAUCGGAAAGGCGAGCAGCUGAAGCAAACAAACUAAAAGAAGAGUUGCUUAGAGCACGAGUUGCUGAAAAACAAGCAAAAGAAAAAUUAUUAGAGUUCCUUUCGAGAAAUGCUUAUAUUAAUACUAGUGUUUCGAGUCUGUAUUCAGUAUCCAGUAGUUCGGUAUUGGAUCUGCCGACUGAUCUUCACGCCCUGAGAUUAAAUGCCAACUCACCGUCGCUAUCCCUCGCUCAUACUUCUCCACCCGCACUGUCCGAUCAUUUGCCGUCUUACGAUCUGAUUGCUGACAACGAUAUGGAACAGCUGUCAUUAGAAAUAGAAAAAGAGAGAGUUCAGUAUUUAGAAAAGAGCAAGCAUCUCCAAGAUCAAUUAAGAGACUUGAAAACUGAAAUAGAAGUGUUAAAAGUAGAUGAAAAACAAUGUGAACUCGAUAUGUUGCACGACGAACAAGUACGGCUCGGAGAAAACAAAUAUUCUACCUUGAAAAAAGUCAAGUGCGGUUCGACUAAGGCUCGUGUAGCGUUUUUUGAAGAACUAUGAUAAUUUUAAAUCAAAAUCGCAGAAUCUCAGCAGCCGUGUUUAUAAUAACUUUUGUGUAAUUACUUGUUAUUCUAUUCCCUUUUUAUUAUUUUAUUAAGAACAAAUUAAGCUUUAUAAUAUACAACUUACAAAAUUAUACUUCUACUAUAGGGAAAGCCAUCGAGUAAUGUAACAAUAAAUAUACUUCUAUUUAUGUUAAAAACAUUUAUCCUAUCGAACAAUUUCAAUCAAAUAAACUA